ACAUACAUACAUUACGUUAUACUACGUAUUGCGAAGCUAAUGUUAUUGUGUGAAUCACGCAAUUUUAGGAUUAUUGCACUAUAACGAAAACAAUAUUGUGAUAAAUUACCAUGUGUUUGAAAUGUUGGUUUUGAUGUACUUGUGAAUUUGUAAACUCUGGUGCAGUUAGUUUUAAUAAAAUAAGAUUUAGAUAUUUAGGUGAUCCAGAGGAAACAUGGGGUGGGGUGGACAGAAGGAUGGUUGUGGAAAUUUUAUGAAAUACAGUCUAUUUGUCGUUAAUCUCAUAAUAUUCUUGGGCGGAGUUAUUGUAGUGGCUUUGGGCAUAUGGACAGUUGUUGAUAAAUCAUUUGCCAACGAUCUCCUUGGCACAAACUUGUAUGCUGGAGCAGUUUACGUACUGAUUGCUACUGGACUUCUUGUUGUCCUUAUUUCAUGUCUGGGAUGUUUGGGAUCAGUCAAAGAAGUGAGAUGUAUGUUGGUUAUUUAUUUCAUUUCAUUAUUCCUCAUCUUUGUAACAAUGCUGGUUGGUGGGAUCCUGGGUUAUGUAUUCCGAGGGAAGGUCGAAACUACACUACGCAUAGGAAUGGAAGGAUCCUUACGUGACUAUGGGAAUUAUAAGCCAAUAACUGAGGCGUGGGAUAUAACCCAGACAAGAUUGGAAUGCUGUGGUAUAUACAGUCACAAAGACUGGCAGAAUAGACUACCCGAAUCUUGCUGCAAGUUAACUAGAACCGGAGAAAGAUUGAAAUGUCAAUCUCUGGUAGAAAAUAAUUCCUUCACAAUGAAUACAAGAGGAUGUCUAAAUGUUACCACUGAAUUUGUCAAGACCCAUGCCGUUGUUAUCGGAACUUCCGGAAUUGUUCUCUCUUUGAUAAUGAUAUUUGGAAUGAUCUUUUCCUGUGCCCUGUUUAAGUUAAUAGAAUAAUCAUCAAGUUUAUGUAUUCCGGGAAUUUCAUUUUUCGACGAGAGUUCAAAAUCAUGCAACGGAAAUAAAGAAUAAUUUAAAAAAAUUGAACUAAUCUAUUUUAUCUGUAACAACCAUUAAUAAAUUAUUGACAGUUGUACCAUUAUUGUAGGUAUAGAUCUCUUGCAAUAUUACGACGUACCUGAUUUAAAACAUCGCCAAAACAGCUCAAAAUGUAUGGUGGUGUGUUUGGUAGGAUGAUUUAUACUUAGGUUACAAAUAUAUAUUUUUUGUUUUGUGCAUAUAUAUAUAAGGUGAUAUAUACUUUCAUUCCAUAAUUUAUUCUCUGAAUAUCUAAAUAGCAACAAGAAGUAUAUGUCACCCUACAAUAUUUAAAAUUUGCACAUAAUACAUAUUUUUAUACAAUUUCUGUCACUAUUUUUUAUACUUUUAUAUAUGCUCAUACAGUUUGGACAGUGUGUGACUAUUGAAUGUUUAUG